UGAAUAAAGGCACGGUGGUUCCCUGAGGGAUGAAACGUAUUCUGACAGGAGAUAAGCAGUCUCUGACACACAACUUUUCUCUUGUUGUUUUUCAACAUUUUUGGAACUUUUUGAACACUCUACCUUAGUUAAGUCCCUCAUUGACACGCCUGUUAAAAUGCCAUUUAUUGAGCACAUAUCUUACACGGACUUGGAGCGGCUGGCUCUGGAGCGGCUCGUCCCGGCCCUGCUGUCCCACGGCUUCUGUUACGUGGAUGGACUUCUCGGGGAUCUGGCUGGAAGCGCCGUGUUGGACCAGGUCAUGGAGAUGCACAGCUCUGGACAGCUGCAAGACGGCCGGCUGGCCGGUUCCAUCCCGGGGGUCAACCGGAGGAGCAUCCGCGGGGAUAAAAUUGCCUGGGUGAGCGGCACGGAGCGCGGCUGCGAGGCGAUCAGCUUCCUGCUCAAUCUGAUCGACCGACUCAUCUCCGUGUGCGCCAGCCGCCUGGGAGACAAGGCGAUCCGGGAGAGGUCUAAGGCCAUGGUGGCAUGCUACCCAGGAAAUGGGGCAGGUUAUGUGAAGCAUGUCGACAACCCAAACCAUGAUGGACGGCGUCUUACCUGCAUCUACUACCUCAACAAGAGCUGGAACCCCAAGGAGCAUGGUGGUGUCCUCAGGAUCUUUCCAGAAGGAAAACCCUACGUGGCUGACAUCAAGCCGCUUUUUGACAGGCUUCUCAUCUUCUGGUCUGACCGCAGGAACCCACACGAGGUGCAGCCAUCCUAUGCCUUCAGGUUUGUAUUUGUAACCAAAAUCCUAAAUGCAAAUACUGAAGGCAGUGGUGCAUUGGUUUCAGGUACGCCAUCACAGUUUGGUAUUUUGACGCUGAGGAGCGAACCCAGGCCAAGAAGCGUUUCAGAGACCUUACAGGGCAGCAGGGCAGCAGCUCUAGCUGAUGGUGAUGAAACACUGCCAUCUGGUGUUUGUUUAGAGGAAACAGCGGAUUUCACUGAGACUCAACUUCUUAAACUGCAGGACACAUUGAGGGAAAAAUAGGAAGUUGAAUUGUUUCCAGGGGUUAGGAGGCACGGAGGGGCCUUGGGGUCUCCCAUUUUCCUAAAUAUGAAUUUCCACUGCUGGUCUCACAGUGUCAAGGUUGACACAGAGUUGCCAGGACUGCAACUGAAUAGCCAGAGGAGCUGUUACGGACUUCUUCCUUUUUCUGAAAUGUUUGUGCGAUGCUCUGCCAACUCCUACUGAGUGCCCAGCUGAGACACUAGCCUUUAGCUCACAGCUUAUGACAGAAAGAGAACAGUUGGCAGAAGGCCUCAGGAGUUUACAUGGACAUGAGGAUUUUGAGCCUAUGUGACAAUGAGUCAUAGCUUGUAUUUCCACCAGUCUUAGGAAGAUGGCACACAUACAUGUUGCCCAUAUACUAACUGGGAGGUAAAACUGUUUCUUCCUAGUAUGUAAUGUCUGUGUAUAAACUAACCAAUAAAAGCUGAAUUAAUUCAAAACA